UGUAGCGGAUACACGGCAAACGUAGCUCCCGUCACCGUGAGGCGGAGGUCCCGAAACAUGUCGCUGUCCCCUGUUGUUCUGCAGGACGGGGCGCUGCCUGCGGCUUAAACCGGACCCCCUCACCCCUCCGCCGGCUCUACAGCGGAACAACCCCCGGGCGGCGCUGAGUUUGGUGCAUCCAGGCGAAGAUGGCGGAGUUCUCGCCCGUGCUGCCGAUGCGGGAUGGGGGAGCGGGGGGAGGAGGUCGGUUCGGGCAGCCCAUUUUCCCUCGCUCCAGGUCCGGUUCCGAGUCAGAGAGCGAGCUGUCCCAGAGCCUUGCCCGGACCAAGAUCCGCUCCUACGGCAGCACCGCCAGCGUGUCGGCCUCUCUGGGGGAGAAGUACAUCGAGCAUCGGGUUACGGAUAGUGACACGCUGCAAGGGAUAGCUCUCAAAUACGGGGUUACGAUGGAGCAAAUCAAACGCGCCAACAAGCUUUUCAGCAACGACUGCAUUUUCCUCAAGAGCAUUCUGAACAUACCUGUGAUCACUCAGAAACGCUUCAUUUUUAACGGACUCUCUCUUGAAUCUCCCGAUAACGACUCUGCCGGGCAGGACUCGGACUCGCCCUCUGUCCUGACGCAGGAUAUAGAAGAGCCUUCCCCGCCCCCCUCCCCACCUCCCGAGGACCCCAGACCAAGCCAGAACCAGCAACCGCAGAAAACAGAGGAGCUGUCAGCCAAAGACUUCUUACAAAGACUGGACUUGCAGAUUAAACAGUCAAAGCAGGCAGCUCAGAAGCUUAAAGAAGAGGAGACAAGGAGCAGUGAGGACUACACAGCCCCAAAGUCAUCCUACCAAGAAAUCUGAAAACUGUUACUGUUUACUCACUGAAAGCGACAAUUUUACACAGUCAUGCUCUCAUUUUGUUCUACUGUUUUUAAGCAAGAAAUAAAGUGUCAUUUUUUGCCUUUUAUUUAUUCAGGUGUAAAUGGUUGUAAUGGUUUUGUACCUUUUAUUUGUCAUUUAAAGUUAAGCCCCAAAUUGUUCAAAUUCGGGCAUUCCUGGAGUAUCGAAAAAUGAUAAAAUGAUCGAAAAUCUUCUCAGAAAUUCUACUAAAAUUUUGACCAGUUCUUUUCUUAACAUCUCAUUGUUGACAUAACCACACAGUAUUAAAAUCUGUUUUCUUUAGUAUUUAUUUUGUUCAUCUACUUCCAGGGUAUGAAUCUAUUUGGGCUUAACUCUUAACCAUAUUGUAAAGACCUAGGCUACCUAUUUGCACCGGUGUAGGCAUUUCAACAGCAUCAGCUUGUUAGCCUGAUGUGCUGACUAACCUGUUCUAUAAUAGCGUCACUGGACAAUUAUCAAGCUGUUUUAUUUUUGUUUUUAUUGUACAAUUCAAGCAAAUAGACCGGAGAUGCUCUAAGAAGGGACUGCUCUAUUUUUGAAGUGUGAAUGUUUUAUUUAUGUGGGCUACCUGCUAUUUGUGCUUCAAGUUUUGUUUUAUUUGAUGAUGAAUAAAUAUCUGUUGAACCCA